AUGAGCCUUUUCCAUGCAGGUAGAGAUUUCAAUUCUGUGAGGUAUCGCAUCGACGAGCUCAAUGAAGAGACAUACACGUAUAACUACUCAUUAGUUGGAGGUGAUUCCUUGGCUGAAAAGCUCCAGAAAAUAACUUACGAGGUCAAGUUCGAGCAGUCACCGGAUGGUGGUUCAAUCUCUAAGGUGACCAGCAAUUAUUAUACGGAUGGUGAUUUUGUGCUCAAAGGAGAUGAUAUCAAGGCAGGAAAAGAAAAGGUCAUGGCAAUGUACAAGGUUGUGGAAGCCUAUCUUCUUCAAAACCCCGACGCCUACGCCUAA